AUGUCAAUUAAUAAUAUAAAUUUAGAUGGAUUAUUAAAAUUAGAUGAAAAUAAUAAUUUACUUAAAUCAAACAAAUACACUCAUCACUAUAGUCAAAAUCAUAUUGUUGACUUUUUAUCAGAUGAAAACAAAAGCUUGUUAAAACAUAUUGUAAAAAAAAAUGAAAAUAAUAUUGUUGGAAUUAGCUAUGGUAAUGGUAUGCCAUUUUCAAGUGGAUUACUCUUAAAUGAUAGAUAUGUUUUAACUUUUUCAAAUGUUGCCGGUGAUGAAAGCUUUGAUGAAUUAAAUGUAAGAUUAAACUAUCAAAAAGAAAUUGCCUUAAGACCCUUUUCAAACAACUUAACAGAAUUAAUGGACUUUGGACAAGCAAUACCAAUUGAUGGAAUUGUAGAAACCAACAGUGAAAUCGGCUUCAGUAUUUUAAAACUAAAAUACAACACUCCAAGCUUCAAUAGGGUAAAUGUAUCAAAUAAAAAACAUAAACAAUCAAAACUAAAAUUAUUAUUUAAUUUUGAAAAUAAUGGUCCAAAAAAAGUUGCUUUAAUUAAUCAUGAAGAACAUAUCAAACUAUCCAAUGGUGUAUACUUUGAUGAUGCCGGUCACUUUAUUGGUCUAUUAAAUGACCAUUUCGAAUUCAUUAGUGCCGAUGACAUCAAAGAAAAUAGUAAAUUCUUUGAAAUGAUUUUAGACAAUCAUGAAUUAGAUAGCAUUAAAACUGAAAAAAGAUUAAGACAUCAUCCAUUACACAAAUCGAAAAGACCAAGAUACCCAGGACCAAAUUUACCAAACCCACAUAAUCCACCAUUAGCAAGACACCAUAUUAUUCCUUAUGGCUCAAUGGAUGCAUUAUGGCAAUUAUCAUUAGAAUACCCAAAGAUUAAAGAGCUUUUCUAUUUUAUUAAUAAAGAACCCACACAUCAAUAUGUUGUAUGGUCCUAUUGGAAUAUCUUUGCAGGUCCAAACCCAUCCUUAAGAUUCCACAAAGAUGAAUUAGAAAAGAUAUUUGGAGAAGGAACUCUUGGCUAUGACCCAGAAGAUUCAGUUGAACCAUUAAAACCAGACUCAUUUAAUCAAACACAAUGGAAUAUUAUGCACAAACUUAAUGACCUAUUAGAGUCUACAUAUCUACAUCGUUCCAAACUUCUAUCUACCUCCUCACUAUAUAGAAAAAACAAUCAACAAAAACUCUUAUAUGAAACUAAUUUAGUUGAAUAUAAGGAAAAAUUGGAACAAAUUUUCAAUUUAUUAAAUCAAAACAGAAUGUUUUUAUCUGAAAUAGGUGCAUUACAUGAUUAUAAUAUUGAUGAUUGGGCUAAAUAUGAAAAAAAAUAUUAUUUAUUAUCACCAAGAUCAUAUCGUGAUUAUUAA